AUCCGACUCAUAAGAACGAUUCUUUUACGAAUCGGACAUCGCUACUGUCAACAUGGCAGAUGAAGCCACCAGGAAGGUAGUUUCUGAAAUACCGCUUUUAAAAACAAAUUCAGGACCAAGAGACAAAGAACUAUGGGUUCAGAGACUUCGAGAAGAAUAUUUAGCUCUUAUAAAGUAUGUUGAAAAUAACAAAGCAUCUGACAAUGAUUGGUUCCGUUUAGAGUCCAACAAAGAGGGCACAAGGUGGUUUGGAAAAUGCUGGUAUAUCCACGAGCUUCUAAAAUAUGAAUUUGACAUGGAAUUUGAUAUUCCAGUUACAUAUCCCGCCACAGCACCUGAAGUGGCCAUUCCUGAGUUAGAUGGGAAGACAGCGAAGAUGUACAGAGGUGGGAAAAUCUGCCUGACAGAUCACUUCAAGCCACUGUGGGCAAGAAAUGUGCCAAAGUUUGGUCUGGCUCAUCUAAUGGCUUUGGGACUUGGACCAUGGCUCGCAGUUGAGAUUCCAGACCUCAUUGAAAAAGGCAUAAUUCAACAUAAAGAGCAGCAAAACAGCUGAAAGUAGCAGUAGCAUCCUUUGCAUUUCACCAUGUCUUAACAAUGCAAACACAAAUGAGGUUUUAACAGGUUUUUUCAAAAUCAUGGCUACCUAGCAACUGUGUACUUCACUUCAUCUGUUUUUUUUUCCUCUCUUUUUUUUUGUUGUAGACCCAUACUUUUCAGGUUUAUAAUGCCUGUUCAAUGGAAUGUGUAUGUAUUCAUUCAUCAGUAAAGGCUGGUACAUAAAUGUUAAAAAAA